AUGGAGAACGUUCCGACCACCAACGAGACCAAGGGUAACCCAGAGUCGAUGACAAACAAGAUCCUCGAAACCGGAGCAGCCGCUACGCAGAACUUCGCCCCACCCAAGCGUGUCUGCGCUCAUCUAAACGCAUUCCAUGCAUAUGCCAAUGACCCAUCUCGUUGUAUUGAGACCAACCACUACUGUGCUCACCUGAACGACGAGGUGCGACAAUGCCUGCUCUACGACUCGCCUGAGUCAAAUGCUCGUCUCAUUGGUAUCGAGUACAUGAUCAGUGCUCGCCUCUACGAAACUUUGGACCACGAAGAGCGCAAACUUUGGCACUCGCACGUCUUUGAAGUCAAGUCUGGCAUGCUCCUCAUGCCUCGUCCUACUGGUGUUCCUGAAGCCGUUUGGGAAGUUGCCGAGAACAAGGAGAUGGAAGAGGUCGUCACUUUGUACGGCAAGAUCUACCACCUCUGGCAGACGGACAAGGGCCACAAGCUUCCUCUCGGCGAACCUCAGCUGAUGACCAGCUAUACCGACUAUAACCAAUUCGAUUUCGACCAGAAGGUUGGAGACAGGGACAGAAGAUUCGGAGAGGACCACCGUCACAAGCGUCAGGUUAGAGAGUACAUCAAGGAGCCCUCUGUCCACCAAGAUGCAGAUGCUGCUUGGAAAGGAGGAAGCCACAGCAAGGAAAAGAGUAGCACAAUGGCUCACCCUUCUGUCAUGCAGGAUAGCCACAGUGCUGCUUAA